UCUUUAUGCGUGAUAUAAAAGGCGCAGCCAGGUGGACGUGAAGGUACAGUCAAAUCGUUCACCUUCAAACAAACAACAACUAUUCAACACAGACCUCUCUUCUCUUGCGAAACAAUCAAUCAAAAUGUUCAGAUUGGUGGUGUUGUCUGCUGUUCUUGCCGUUGCCGUUGCUGCCCCGCACGCAACCGUGGUCGCUUCUGCGCCAUUGGCAUACACGUCUGUGGUCCAUCAGCCAGCCGUCGUUGCUCACAAGGAAGUGUCCUACCAAAAGAGCAUCAUUGAAGAACCAACCGUUGCCCAUGUCGGAACCGUCGUCAAGCAUGUCCCAACUGGAGUCACCCACCAUAGCUCAUCGGUUGUCCACCACGAUGCCACUAUCUCCGAGCCAAUCCUUGCUCACGGUGUGAAGAAGACCGUUGUGUCGACUCCAAUUGAGAAGACCACUUACCAUCAUACCGUGGCUGCUGCUCCAGCUAUCACCUAUGCUGCUCCAGCUGUCAAGACCGCCUAUGUUGAAGCUGCCCCAGCUCUGACUUACGCCGCUGCUCCAAUUGCCAAGGCCGCUUAUGUCCAUGCUGCUCCAGCUUUGACUUACGCCGCUGCCCCAAUUGCCAAGACCACUUAUGUUGAGGCUGCCCCAGCACUGACCUACGCCGCUGCUCCAGCCCUGACUUACGCUGCUGCCCCAGUCUUGAGCCACGCUGCCCACAUCAGCCACCCAGCCGUGUAUGCCAAGCACUACUAACGGGUUUGAUUUGAUGACUGUCGGAUAAUUUUUCUCUUGUUCACACUUUGAUUGUUUGUGGUGAAAGAUUAGAAAAAUGUCUUUAGAUUCGAGAAUAAAAAAAUACUCAAAUUGUGAUAUUUCUUAAAACAA